AUGCGCCAUUAUUUUUACCGUUACUUAAUGGUAACUGUCUCAUGUAGGAAUAUAAACGAUUACAAUAUUGGUGUUUUAACGAUAUCUUAUCAAUAUCAUAUUGACAUCGGAAAAAAUUUUAUAGUUUCUGCAAAGUACUCGGUAAGGUCUUUUGGCGCUCGUGUUCAUGGCAUUCAACGGUCAGUUAUUGACCCAGGCCAGAGCAUUGAUACUUAUGUCGAUUCUCUUAGGGGAAAAAUGGGUCUGGAUGGAUGCUUCAGAUGGCAAGACAUGGUCUGCAUGGACGCCAAUUUAGGUGUGCGCACCUUCAAUACUUUACAACGUAUGCGAGGGGGCCUAUACAUUUAUACUGGAAUUGCUUCUCGCGUGCACCCAGAACUCGAUAUCCUUAUCUACAUUCCCACUAUCUCUGUUAGAGGAAACCUUCCUGCUGACAAUUAUGCCUUUCCGAUAGACAUUAGCCAGGAGCUGUCGGUUGGCGUACUUAAACAAAAAAUCAGAGAAAGUAAACCAAACGAUCUCGCUAAUAUCGAUUUUAAUAAUAUUACAUUAUGGCAAGUAGACCUUCCGGAUGACAAUGAUGAUGUGAUUCAUGAAUUCCGUAGUCACAAAAGCACUAAAAAAAUGAGAGCAACACGAAAAAUAGGAUUCUAUUGGCCUGAAACACCAUCUGAACAAGUCAUCCAUGUUAUAAUAGAACUCCCACGGGUUCCAUCUCAUACUUCUAUUGAUGAUGAACUUACAACGAAUUUCAGAAGACUUAAUAUUGCAAUGGGUAAAGAACUAACUACUGAAGAUACUUCGUAUGAGGGAGCUGAUGCGUUUGCCUUUAUUUCCGAAGAACGGCUUGGAUUUAUAGAUCAAGCUUUGACGAGAGGACGUGUCGUUCUUUUACGUAGCCCGCCAUCUUCUGGGAAAACUACACUAGCAUAUAUACUGAAAAAGUAUCGGCAAAAUCUUAACCCUGAAGAGGAAGUAAUUGCUAUUUCUAUGCUUUUGUUGGAACGUCCUGAAGUAUCCUUAUCAGAUCCCGAUUUGUUUGAUCAGUACUGGAUCCAACAAACUGGGAAAUCUUGGAGAGAAUGUAUUAGCAGCAUUAAACCAAUUACUAUUUUAAUAGACGAGGCCCAAAUGAUAUACCAUAUGCAAAAUUCUUCUGGAAUACCAUAA